GCGUUGCCCCUCCCCAUAGUAUGCCCUUCGCCUCAUAGCACUCUACCCUUAGGAUUGAUCACGCCAUUAACACGACAUUCGUAACUACGUUCUCUGCGCUAAUACAUAUCCAUGUGCAAGACCCAAACAGCGCCAAGUACUUGCCCUCUGAACUGUUUCUUUGAAGUGUGGGGGUAUACACACGGCUCGCAAUGUCUAAGCUUCAAGCAUCGGCGAAUGACGUUCUCAAUCACGAGGCGUAGACUAGGCAUGCGUUACAUGGCAGGAGCCUCGCCUCUAAAUUCAGCUCUGUUCCUUCUGUGGCUGUAUCACUCUCAACAAAGCGCGCCAGUAACUGUCAAAAAAAAAUCAGAAUUGUGUAAGAAGUUUGCGCGAUGACUGGAAGACAGAAAAUACAGAUGUCUUCCUUAGACUGGGUUUUGGCGGUCCGAGAACAGAUAACACCACGGGGGAAUCAAUACGUGCAGCUUGCACCUAUUGCUCAGUUGCCAAAUGAGAUUCUUCUCAACAUAUUUCGUCAAGGCACUGGAGAAGCCCCUAGCACAAGUAACUCCCUUCCAUUCGAGUUGGCCGUUUCUGGAGUGUGCAGGGCUUGGCGCCACCUUGCCCUCUUACCAGAGUUUUGGACCAACGUAUUCAUCACAUCCAAGACACUACCGGCACAUCUCUUGUUAUACCUUAGGCGGUCAUCACGUCAUCUCAUCACCGCCACGUUUUGUCAUUGGCCAUUUAUUAAGCGUCGCCGAAUUCAUCUGUCGAGCGAGGCGUUUCUUCCUGACAUUCUUAAUAUCCUUUGUUCCAAGGCUUGGCGGCUACGCAGCCUAAGAGUUUGGAAUAUCUCUGAUUCGGAUCUUUUGACAAUCUCGUCAAGGCUCGCCGAUGCAUUCGCUCCCGCCCUCACAGAAGUCUCAAUCCAAGCAAAUCCAACACUCUCGCAGGUGUACCAUCGGAUCUAUAGUAAACUUCAAGUUCCAUUCCUACACAACAACUGUGCGCCAUCUUUGUCCUCGUUGGAAAUAGAUCACUUCAACAUGCAAACGUACGCUGUGCCUUCUGGUUGGUUCUUCAGCUUGCGAUCGCUGAGGUCCUUGACUGUGCGAACGGACGACUUUUUUUCACGCCCGCUGACUGGCGAGGACCUGCGGCUACUUUUGCUAUCGGCCAAUGCACUAGAACACCUCGCAUUUUAUGGUCCAGUUGUUGAUUGGGACGAUGAUGAUGAAGAGGGUGACAGUAUCAGUGCACUCUGUUUACGAACGCUGAUAAUCCAUUGCGAACCGUCCUGUUACCGAUAUCAUUUUACUCUACUCUCCGCCUUACAUGCACCGCUUCUCGAACAUCUCGAGAUCCCAUGGCAAGACGAUGUGGGUGUGGAGGAUAGGCCAGAGGAGCUAACGGAAUGCUUCUUCCGAAGUCAAGGGGAACCAAAAUUUCCACGUGUAAAACGACUUCGGCUGCAUGAUAGCACGGCUGAAGGAUGGCUACCUGCUGCACCAUUCAUCAGGGCAUUUCCGAACGUGGAGGAGCUUGUACUAGGAGCAGCGGAUGUGAUGUAUAUCUCGUCUGCGUUGCUGAAUUUGGUGAUACCCAACACCGACACCAAACGUGGGACUCUUGCACCUGGUGCUUGGCCUCGUGUCAAGACUAUUUUGUUGGAUGGCUUGACAGUGAAGUCAUGGAAGCGAUGCGCUGGACCUCUCAGACGGUGGAUGCGUGCCGGGGGACACGAAGGUCCGCUCGUCACGAUACUGAACUUCUGUCCAGGCGAGAUUGUCGACAGGGCACCCAGGGGCUGUAAAACUGCCCAUAUCAAUGCCCAUGUGCUCAAAAUACUACAGAUGGGGUCUCGUGUAGGUAGCGCUUACAAGUUAGCGGCGGAAAAAGGUAUCUGGUACUUUUGUUAGAUUGUUUCCCAAAUCUCGGAUGCACAAUGU